AUGUUUGCUGGAGAGUCUUCCACGGCCACGAAACCUAGACCAGCGACACCGGAGGCACGAUCUCUUGAACACAACAACGGAAGCAGCCGAAAGGGCCAGUGCUUCACGGAGCGAGCCGAUCGGGAGGAAAACCGCCCGCCUUGUUCGCCUGGCCAUCAACAUCGUAUGCUGAUGCAAGUUCGUGCUGCGAGCUUAGUCGAUCAGGCCUCUUUUAUCCGCCCGUCGGCUUGGUAUGCCGUUGCAAGUACGUACUGCGAUGCCAGUCGAUCAGGGUGCGUCUCCGCCAGCGUUGUUCCGCAGACUACCACUACCUGCUCAAGUAGUUUGAUGGUCUGUCCGUCCGCUAGACAAAGCCCGCCUCCUUCAGCUUCCCGUACCUCGACGCGUCGCCGCACUUGCAACACAGGUUUCCGGGAGCCCUUCAAUAGAUUGUCGAAUACUACCCUCACACAGCCCGAUGCAAAUCUCGCAGACAAUGCUGUUCUAUCACAAGACGAUUUAUCUUUCAGCGAGCGGUCGGUCCGGCAGAGGUACUUUCUGCUACGUAGGCGCAAACACGUCAUAACUCACGGCAUCAUCAGGCCGGCCAUGGAGGUCACGCCCACUGACGGCCCUGCCAGGCAGGGUCAUGAGCCCGAGACCACUCAUGCCUGGUCCAGCAUGGGUAAUCCGGUCUUGGGGUUUGACACCAGCAAAUCUACGGAACGAUGCAGGGGCAAGGCUGGCGACAGAGCUCCAUCGCGGAAGACCGCAGCAUUUCGUCAGCGACACGCGAAGCAUCGCCGAAAUACAAAGUUAUCCAUGAUGCUUCGAAUCUUGCUGUAG